AUGAUUUUCACGCGGUAUUAUUUUAAUAAUUUUUGCACAUUAGUAGGGCGAGAUUUGGCCUAUAUUGAUAAAAGCUCUAAAAUGCAAAAAUAUACACCAUUAUAUAAUAUAUAUGACAAUUAUCCAAAAUAUAAUGUGGGGAAGGAGCUUGGAGUUACUAUAGAAGCGCUUAAAUUAAAAGGGUGUAGAAAAGCACCAUUAAAAUCAUUUUAUGAUCUAACAUCAAAGGUUAAAGGAGCCCAAACCAAAAUUUUACAUAAAAAUUAUUAUCCUUUUAAAGAACAGGUGGAAAACAAUGACAUAAGAGAAGACGAUAACUCAUUGAUAAAAUACUCUAACGAAACAAUAAUAGAUUCUAAUUUAGAGAUAAAUGAUCCUGAUGUAGUGAUAGGAGACCAAGAUCAAGUUGUACAAGAUCCUCAUGUAAUGAUAGAAGAUCCUCAUGUAAUGAUAGAAGAACCUGAUGUAGUGAUAGAAGAGCCUGAUGCGGUAUUAGAAGAAGACCUCGACACAGUAACAGAACAUGAAGGAUUCGAUGAAGAGGAUCAAAAUUUUAAAGAAUAUUUACAUUCCUGCUUAGAAGAUGAAAUACAUGUAACAAAUAUUCAUAGAUUUAUGCAUGAAACGGAAUGUUUUGCUAGGAAAUAUAGACAGAAUAAUAAUUACUUUUGGAAAUUUAUUGUAACCCUUAGGCUAAAAUUAAAAAAAAUUAUGUAUAUUAUCAUACAUUUUUUGUUGAAAUAUUUGACAUUUAGGAAAUAUCGCCCUUAUAUGUACUAG